AUGAGCCUUCCGUUCCGAACGGUUAUUAAUAAUCUAAAUUUGCUUAGUGUCACAGCAACGCUUUUACUCAUACGCCAUGUUUUAGGCACUUUGGCAAACGAUAACUUCCUCUAUGCAGUGCAUAGCGGUAAUGAGAACAUAUUCCACCACACAUUACUUGGCAUUGAUCAGGAACAUGCAAUACAAUCGCUCUUGCUGCUUAAACACCAAUCAUUUGAAGAUGACGGUGUGAUUGAGGACUUUUAUAGAUUUCCCCGGCCAAAGGUGAUAGUCACACACAAUGUGACAUUUAAGUUUUUCGAGGAAUUUAAUACAGCUAUGCUUACAGUGUUUGUGGCCCAGAAUCAACUGGAUCUUGAACUGUUGAAGAAUGCUGCAGACAUUUUGCACAUGAGACGUCAAAGUAGAAUAUGGGCAAUAGCCUUAGAUAUCGAGGACAAGGAAUUGUUUAAAAAGCAACUUCUGGAAGCUUGUCAAUACUACAAAAUGACCAAUGUCUUAUUGAGCUUCAUUCACACCAAUAGCCCAGAGGAUAUCUUCAAUUAUGCCCUUAAACCCUAUAACACCUAUCAUUGGAUUCCUAAGACAAUGAAUUGCAAUCAUUGCAGCUAUUACCCCCAACAUUGGCGUAAUUUUCAAAACACCUCUAUAAUCACCUACACCAGCCAGAAUCCUCCAAGUGCCUUUGUGUUUAUGGAUGAAAGCGAAAAUAUCAAAAUCGUAGGUUAUGUGGCAAGUUUUGUGUUGGCCUUUGCCCAAAUCUUCAAUGCCAGUUUGGAAAUGUAUCAACCUUUGGAACUACAGGAGACGCUAGCCAACAAACACCUCAACCAAAUGGCCCGGGAGGGUAAAUUGGAUCUACCCAUGGCUCUGACUGAAAAUUCGCAGCAAACCAGCAUGGGACAUGAAUCCAACUAUUAUGACAUUAUAAAGCCUUUAAUUAUAGUACCCUGUAGCGGCCGCAUGAAUAUUCGCCAAGUAUAUGGAAUUUUGCUCAAUGAAUACUUCUUUGGCUGCGUUAUUUUAUGCUCCGUCUCAUUAUCGAUCCUGCAUUCUCUCAUUGACUAUUGUUUUGAUGGCCUCUGGAAUCGUUUGAACUUUUUACUAAAUCAUAGAAUCUUUCCGGGUCUGUUGGGCUAUUCCUUUGCUACGCGCAACUCUCCUUGGCGAGGCUUGAAAAUUCUCUAUCUUUUAGUUUUCUUAGCUGGCCUCAAUAUUUCCAUACAAUUUGCAUCUAAAAUAAGCACCCUAUUGACCGACCAACCUCAUAAUCGGCAAAUUUUAACCUAUAAAGACUUGAGGAGAUCCUCGCUAAAGAUUUUGAUAGACCAAUUGUAUGGCGAGGCAGUAAAAAGAGAAUACACUCUUCUGGCAAAAUCCAUGAAAACCACUUCGUUAUUGACAUAUAUCGGAUAG